AUGCCUCACGUCGACAUCUUGUUCAACCAGUUGCAGAAGAGAAAAACCGAGCCAGCGCAAGUUAAAACGGCUAUCGAUAUUUUUGAAAAAUGUAUUUUCGAUGUGAGAAUUAAAAUUGAUGACAUAAUAUAUGAAGCCAAAAGUAUUUGCACUGAACCCCAAGGCAACAAAAGGAGACGACGUAAUAAUAGCAGUCACGAUCACCGAGAUGCCGCAUUAGAAGUAUGCGACAAUAUAGUGAAUUCUGCAAAUCACAGAUUUCAAUUCAAAGAUCAUUUGGUAGCCGCAUCCCUUUUUUUCCCAGAACAUUUUGGAGAAUACUGUGGUAAGUUUCCUGAUAACAAGUUGGAAACUACCUGCUUGGCUUAUCCCGAAUUAGAAAAAAGUCGUUUAAAGACAGAGUUGUCUGUUAUUUAUGCACGGAAUAAUUGCCGAGAUUUACAUGGAACUCUGUCUCUUUUGAAAUUUUUGAUACAAAAUAGUUUGGAGGAAACACUAAAAGAAACAAAAAAGCUAUUAGAAAUUAUUGUUACAACUCCUAUGUCAACUAGAGGCUGA